GGUUGAUCUCGUUUUAACUCCAGUCAACUAAAUGUCCCUCUCCAAGAUGCAGUGCGCGUCAUAUCGAUUUUUUUUGGUAAAUUUUUAAUCAGCAAGAUUUGAAACACAAUCAUUUUUUUGUUUCAGUCUGUAUUAGGAUAGUACAAUAGAGAGCUACUAUUUUGGAAGUCUCCUUAGUUAUUCGGUUAAAAUGAAAUCAAUUGCCUUUGCUUUGCUUCUUACUAACUUGGGUAGUUUUGGUAUUGUAACAGAGGCCAUUAGAGAAAGUUGCAGUGCGCCUGAAAGGAUUCAUAAUGCACAGCCACUUGUUAUAAGUGACACCCAUGAACAUGGAUUUAUCCUAAUGUUCAAAUGCCAACCUGGAUAUAUACAAAUAAAUUAUCUACGGAUGGUGUGUCAAGAUGGAAAAUGGAGCAAUUUAAAUAUCGGAGAUUAUUGUAAACCAAGACCCUGUGAAAGUCUUCAAGAUCCUGAUAAUGGAAGAUUUCAUUUGACAAACCAUGAGGAAUUUGUGUUCGGUGCUCGUGUACAGUACACCUGUAAUGAGGGAUAUCAGAUGGUUGGUUCAGAUGAACGUGACUGUCGUGUUGAUGGCUGGAGUGGGCGUCCUCCAUUUUGUGAAGUAAAAACAUGUUCAUCAGUAAAUAUACCAGAAGAUAUUCGUGCAAAAGGAAUAUAUGACUCACAACCGGAUUUUCCCUACGGAUCCGUCCUUCAAUUUGAAUGUACUUCUCCAAACACUGCCCUUCAAGGAGCAAAAGAAAUUUACUGCUUAGAGAACAAAACCUGGAGUCACCCAGUUCCUUUUUGUACAGAAAUUCAAUGUGAAAAAACAAGACUAGAAUUUGGGCAUGUAAAAAGCUCAAAGGAUAUCUUCAAAAAUGGAGAAAUUCAGGAAUAUCAGUGUAAUCCUAGUUAUAAACCUUCAAGCAAACAUCCAAGUCGAUGCACUAAAGAUGGCUGGAUUCCGGAACCACUGUGCUCACCAAUAACAUGUCAGACAACAUACAUACAUAACGGUGAUUUUGAGAUUCCAAUGAUGUAUAAUUAUCAGGAAACAGUGCAUUACACAUGUAAUAGGGGUUACACACCUUCAAGACAAAAAGUGACGUGCAGAGCAGAUGGAUGGGAGCCUGUUCCAACGUGUGCUGAAAUGACUUGUACCGUUAGAUACGACAGUGGAUUACAACAAGCAAAUGUGGGUAAAUAUCAGAUUGGGGAACGGACAUCUUACUCCUGCAGAGAGUGUACAUAUUGGAGGUGUCAGCCUGACACGCACUCUCUCUGCACUACAAGCGGAUGGGAACCCCCUUUAGCUUGCCCAGGAUCAUGUUCAGAACCUCCAGAAAUAAGUCAUGGUAGAUAUAAUCCUCCAAAAUCAAUGUACAGGAAUCAUCAGAAAGUCACAUAUUCAUGUGAAGAUUCAUAUCAACUGAAAGGAAGAGAAGAAAUACAGUGCAUCAAUGGUAGAUGGGAUCCCAGAGGUUCUCUUCCAGCCUGCAUUGCACAAUGUCCAAAACCUUUAGAAAUUAUUUCUGGUUCAUACCUACCUAAACAACUUUGGUACAAUGAUGGUGCCAAGGUCAAGUAUUCAUGCGAAAAUUCAAAUAGAUUGCAAGGAAGCAAUGAAAUACAGUGCCAGAAUGGUGAAUGGCUUAUCGGAGAUUCUUAUCCAACCUGCAUUGUAAGUAUCUGUAGCGAUCCACCUAGAGUGGCACAUGCGACAAUUAGACCUAGAUCUGGUCCAUAUCAUGUUGGUGACUUUGUGACAUAUACAUGCCUUCGAUCCUAUAUACUUCUUGGAAAUCAACAACUACAGUGUGGUGCCAGUGGUUGGCCUCAGAAACCCAUUUGUUUUGACUACACAACAAGCUGUGUCCCUCCACCUCUUCUAAAGAAUGGGCAUGUUACAACUGCCCUGCCCUACAAAAUAGAGUAUGGAUGUAAUUACAGUUUUAGAAUCCAAGGACGAUCUACAAUAUUUUGUGUUGACGGAAAUUGGACUGAAUCACCAUCGUGCCAUGAUCCAGAAAUGAAAUGUGACCAACCUCCUCGUGUAUCUGGUGGAGACUUUGUUGAAGAAUAUAAAACUGCGUAUGAUCACGAUGAGACACGAACAUUUCAAUGCCAAAUUUAUUAUACUUUGGAAGGGCCAAACGUUGUUCGAUGCAUUGGGGGUCAAUGGACACCACCUCCCAUAUGUCAUGAACCAUGCGUUGUCAGUCAAGAGAGUGUUAAAAUAAAUAAAGUCAAUUUAAAAUGGAAAACAAAUAAGAAAUUAUAUGUCAGACAUGACGAAGGUUUAGACUUUAGAUGUUUUGCCAGACACAAAGUUGAAACUGGGGUUUCUCUAAGACAAAUUUGCCACGAUGGACAUAUCACCAUUCCCACAUGUUACAGGGAUCGUCAAACAGAAGACUGCUUUCCAUUGCAAUUCUUGAAAUGCCACAAUUGUACAGGCAGUAAAAUCUGUGUUCAAUAUCAAAGUCGAGUCAUAUCAGUAUCAAAACCAGAUCCCACCAGUCUGGUGUUAACAGCAGAAUCAGGGAAACAAACUGCUUUACUCACUGUGACGGGCAUCAGUGAACAAUAUGGCAACAAUAUUGCUUUUUCUUUGAAAGCAGCCACUGAAGUAACACUGGGAAUAAUAAUUGAAGCGAGAAGCAUGCAAUUCAACAAACCUUUAAUUGGUGAUUAUCGUUUUCCUUUCCGCAAAGGAAGUACUCUCACAUUUAACGUCACAUUUAGUGAAAUCUUCAGCAUUGAAUUUAUUGACAUAACUCGUAUGUAAUGAAAACAAUGGAAAACUAGACAGUACCUGGACGAGGUCGCAAUGCCACAUGAUCUGAGGAAUACCAUUCACCUUCUCACAAAAAUCUUACAGAGAAAAGUUGCUGAUUAUAUAUGACAUUUAAGAUGUUUCGAUGACAUGAUAAAGGGUUACAUCAAACACUAGAAAUCUUAUUAUUAUUUAGCUAAUCUGGAUCAUCAAAUUUGUAUCAAUAAAGGACUGCAAUAUUACUAUUGUAAUUGUGAAUCGGUAUCAAUUACACUGUUUGAUUUCCUCGUGCCUGCAAAAUAGGCAAUCAAUCUCGCAACAAAGGACCAGUCUUGUGAAAAUUAUAAUGUUACUGAGUGCUAAAUAAAAAGGAGAAAGGUUA